CAAACACAUAUCUAGGCAAAUAAUCUGACGGAACGGAUUGCCGAUUUUGCAUAGGUUUUGCCACGAAUUUAUAUUGCUGUUAUUCUUGUGUAGUAAAUCUUGAAAAUGCCGUACGCAAAUCAGCCAUCAGUGCAAAUAACUGAAUUGACGGACGAUAAUGUUAAAUUUGUGUUGGAAGACACGGAAUUGAGUGUAGCCAAUAGCUUACGGCGUGUUUUCAUUGCCGAGACCCCAACACUAGCUAUCGAUUGGGUACAACUUGAGGCAAAUUCUACUGUGCUAUCUGAUGAGUUUCUGGCUCAUCGCAUCGGACUAAUUCCUUUAAUAUCUGACGAAGUUGUUGAACGUCUACAAUACACUCGUGAUUGCAUCUGCUUGGACUUUUGUCCAGAAUGCAGCGUGGAGUUCACACUUGAUGUUAAAUGCACCGAAGAGCAAACUCGGCAUGUUACAACUGCAGAUUUAAAAUCAAGCAACCCGAAGGUAUUGCCGGUAACGUCGCGGCAUCUCAAUGAAGAAGAUAAUGAGUACGGAGAAAGUACGGAUGAGAUUUUAAUUAUAAAAUUACGUCGAGGACAGGAGCUGAAGCUGAGAGCUUAUGCCAAAAAGGGCUUUGGCAAGGAGCAUGCCAAAUGGAAUCCAACUGCUGGUGUAUGUUUUGAAUAUGAUCCAGAUAAUGCUAUGCGCCAUACACUCUACCCCAAACCAGAUGAAUGGCCAAAAAGUGAACACACCGAGUUGGAAGAUGAUCAAUAUGAGGCACCAUAUAAUUGGGAAGCAAAACCGAAUAAAUUUUUCUAUAAUGUAGAAUCAGCUGGCGCACUCAAGCCGGAGAACAUAGUUAUAAUGGGAGUUCAGGUUUUAAAAAAUAAGUUAUCAAAUCUUCAAACACAAUUGAGUCAUGAGACUCAAAAUGAUGCCCUAGCGGUAUAAUUAUGCAUUGAUACUGAGUGGGCUAAUAAAUAUUUCUAUAUAAUAAUAAAAUUAUAGUUUAAAAAACUAAAAAA